GGUGACAUAGGAGCUGGCGGUGACAAGAGCACGCCACAGUGCUCGGAGCAGGCGACGGGACAGGACAGGACAGAGCGGUGCCGUGAGGAGUCCUCGCACAGCGCGCUCGUUCGUGUCUGACCCGGAGCUUUUCUGAGGCGUUAUUCCUGCAGGUGACCUCGUGGCAGGACUGCGGGACUUGGCAGCCCGUGGCCUUCCCGAGGCUUUUCUUUUGCAGGUGCCCGCGAGGCCAGACUGAGGGAAUUGGUGACCACAAGCCUUACGAGGAGUCUCCUGUCAUUGUGGCAGGAGCCCUCAAGACCAGAGUGCAGGACUUGCUGUCCUGCAGCCGUCCUGAGGUUUCUCUGCCUCAGAUGCCUUCAAGGCACAACUACAUGACUUGUUGACUCAGAACUUCACCCUUCCAUCUUCCUUCAAGGUGCCCUCAAGGCCAGACUCUGGCAUGGCAGGCAGAUUACUCAGUGUGUUCAAAGUUAUUAGGGGGAAAAAAAAGAAACACCCUGGAGCUGACCCAGCACAAGAGCAUGAAGAAUCGGAGCAGUUCCAGACACUGCAGGAUGAUGCAGCCCUGGACUGGACACAAGAGCAGGAACCCGCCCGUGGCCGCUUCCGCAAAAGCCUGAAGAUGUUCCGGCAGUUCCUGCGCAUUCGGCUUAGAAAGACCAGCAGCACAGCAGCUGAGGGCACAGCCGAGCCUGACUCGGGGCUGACCGAGCUCCAGGGAGAGCCUGAUGGCAGCCCAGAUUUGGCUGAGCGCUCAGAAGACUCUGACACCUCAGUGACUGAAACCUGGGCAAAGGCUCUUCUCACGUCAAUGACUGAGGACGUGGCCAUCACCAGCAGCGACAAUGAAGAGACUCAGGGCAUCACAACUGCUGGCACCAGCCCAGAUUCACUGGAGCACUCAGAAGACUCUGAGGCUGCAAUGAACGAUCACAAGGCAAAGGCUGACAUGGCAGUGACUGAGGAUGUGGCCAUCACAAACGCCAACAGCGUAGAGACUCAGGGCCUUGCAAAUACUGACACCACACCCACUCCUACUCUGAGUCAGGAACUCAUAUUUGACUAUUUCAAGGAGCCUUGUGUUUCUUCUCACCAGCAGCAGCAGGUGCCAGCCAAGGUGGAGAACAUCCACCAGAGUCUCAUGUCCCACGUCUCUGUGGAUGCCAGGCUGCAAACGGACAUUGUGAGGCUGGCAGAAGAACACCCUGCUGACGUGGUGCUGACCCUCCUGCGCUGUGCCCCAACGUGUGACAGAGCUGCUGCAAUGAUGUGGAGAGCCAUAGGCUCAUCGGGACCAGCACUGGAGAAAGCGCUGCCAACACUGCUCUGUGUGAUGGAGGACUGGCCUCUGCACACAAUGUGCACCUCCAAUGGGGACAACAAGGACCUUUUUGCCCUGGCUGCAACUCUGGUGAUCUGGCUGAUUGUGCCUGAGUGCAACAAGGCCAUGAUCCCUUAUUCUGGGCAACUGUUUGUGGCUCUGCUCUCCCAUGUUGUCAUCACCACACAGCAGAUGCCACCAGAGGAAGUUGAUAACUUCUGGAGUGCAUGCCAGGAGAAACACCGCCUUCCCUACGAGCCCAACAGGUUUGCAGUGCAGGCCAUGAAGGAUCUGCUCUGCCGACUGCAGUGUGACCAUGUGGUGGUGGCUAUGGAGCGCAAGGGGUGCUGGGACAUGAUGCUGUGUGCUCACACCCAGCACUAUGCCGUGGGUCUGCUGGCCAGGGAGAUGUGCAAUGUCUUGGUCCCCUUCUGUUCCUGCAUCACACUCCACUUGCUCCGGCAGCUCAGCAGGGAGGAGCCGUGCUGGGAUCUGCCCUUCCUGGCAUUCCUUGUGGAGGUCCUCGAGCGCCUGGACAUGAGUAAAUGUGGUGGCAGCGUCAUGAAGAUCAUGUCAAGGUACCUCCAGAGUGAAUGCAGUCAGAGGCGUCGCCUGGCACUCAGAGGCCUCGUGGUGCCCAGCAAGGAUCCCUCGAUGGCCAGAAGAAUGUGCAGCGUGUCUCAAAGCCUUCUGGAGCUGCUGGGGGAUGAAGAUAGAGAGGUGGUCAGCAUGAGCCUCCAUGUGUUCACAAAUGUGCUCCAGCACAAAGACAUCCUGGUAUCCAGCACCACCGCCCCGAAGCUGGCUGAGGCUCUCCUGCUGCUCUUUGACCACGACAACAGCCAUGUGCAGUUGCUCUCCAUUCAACUCUUCUGUAAGGUGAUGGACUUGGUAGUGGAUGAGGGAAAAAAGUCCCUGGAGACAAUUGUGAACAAGAGCCUGGACACACUUUUCAUCUACUGUCAUGAUGAGAACUGGCGCGUGGCAAAGGCCUCUCGGGAAACGCUGCAUUGUGCAGCCAAGUUUCUGAAGAGGAGAAAGCUCAAGCAGCUGCUGGAGAAGGAGCAUCUGUGGAAGUUUGCUGAGGUCCUGCUGGCAGAGGACAGGAGCCGAGCGGCCGAGCACCUGCGCCGGGCCCGGCCCUACCUGCAGAGCCCACAGGAGCCCCUGCGAGAGGUGGCCGUCAGGUUCAUGGGGAUGGCCGAGCGGAGCUUGAGGGGGCAGCAGGGAAAGCUCCACGCCCUCAGUCAGGCCCUUCAAGCCCUGUGGAGAGAUGACAGUCCUUCCCAGAAAAACAUAGUAGUUCAUGAUACAUUCAGUGAAAGAGCUGCAGAAGUGGCUCAGAAGAACCAGUCUGCAUCAGGCCUCCAAAUGCCAUGGACGAUGAGACUACCUUGAGACCAGAAGAGACCAGCUGGAGCUCCAGGCACAGCUGAUGAUUGGCACAGCUGACCCUGUGGGAAACCUGCAGGGCUUCAGCCCUCUCCCUGCUUAUAGAUAGCUCCUUCCCUCCAGCCCUCAGACACUGCCCAUCCCCUUUUUUCCCCUCCACUCUCCCUCCCUGUUGACAGCUCUUUCCCUCUAGCCCUCACAUCCUGCCAAUCCCAUUUUUCCCUCCCACCCCAUCCCUUUGGUUUGUCUUCUAUCAAUAAACAGUUUGGCUUUUUCA